UGAUAAGUUAACAUAUUCAGCUAAAGAGAUGUGAAUAUAUAGGUGACAUAGUUAGGACGUGAUCCAAAAUUGUGUCACCAUCAAACAUGAGUGGUAUCUAUAUUGUAUGAAUAUCGUGCCCAUGCAGUGAUAAAAUCUCCAAAAGUCUCGUGCUUCUGACGUGUCCUUGAGAUAAAUAGACGGGCAUUGAACUAAAUGUAAACAGAUAACACUUAUCUCGGUAGGAGCGUUACGUUACACCACGAUACAUCCACAAAUAAUCCUAUUAACAACAUGGAUAUUGCCUGAUGGACAACUCUACCUUCUGUAUCACAAGUUAACAUAUCAGCCAGUUUUAACGACACGGAAUCAUGGACAGCGGUUCGACUUCUGGACUAGUGCAGUGCUCGUCUCUGGACACAGCCUGGAAUGACUGGAUUUUCGACUCGAGCUACGCAAACGUCAACGAGGAGGAUUUGGCUGCGGAAAUAUCUAAGCUUAACGAUUUGGCGUAUGAGACAGCUGAGGAACACCGAAUGGUUGGGGGAGAGUCAGAUAUUUCUGUAAGGUUGGCCGUGGGACAGACCGUAGAAACAAGCAAUUCAAAAUACGGCGUCGUUAUAGAUACUCUGGACGAAGAACCUAUCAAACUUGAUUCUGAAAUUUUUGGAGGUUAUGUGAGUUCGGUGUUACAAUAUCCAGAUGAUUUUCAGUAUUCUACAGUUAGCCAUGAAGACAGACCUGACGACGUGCUUGUGAGGAACAGUGAUGAGGCGAUAACGCCAAACACAUGCAAUAAGCCACCCGACCCAAAGGUAAUACCCAGCAUAGUCGCUGUUCAAGGCGAGGUGUCCAUUUCCUCUCCAGAUUCAAAACAUGAAAUAACUGUCCAAGCCGAUAUGUGCUUUCCACAGCAUUCACCGGAAGCUGAUAAAGCUCCGCCAAAAGAAGGAGAAUAUUCGUGCCCAAAGGCAGAUAGUGAAAUUGUUGUUCAAUCAGGAGAACCUGCAGCAGGGAGUAUUAUCAGGAAUCAAAAAGUUACUGUACCCUGUAAUAAACAUUCAGAUGCUGUGGCCGAGAGUUACUGUAAAGUGUGCGAUGAGUUAGCGUGUGUGAGUUGUGUCUGUAGCCGACACCUUGGCCAUCAGUUAAAGCCGGUCGAGGACUCUAUAGAGACAAAGAAACAGGAGCUCGUGGAGAUGCUGGACAUCCUUACAGAAAACUACAUCCCGAAACUACACCAACGUAUUAUCUCGAAUAAACAUUUCAGUCGAAAGUAUGAGGAUCGCAUAGAUGAGUUGAUGAACGAAAUCAAAACCAGAGAAACAAAAAUUCAAACUCUGCUUAGAAACACUUCUGCUGCCAAUAUUACUACAUUGCGGAACCACAGAAAACAGCAGCAGGAAACAUCAAGCCGGAUUGAAGCAGAAUGGGAUGAUCGACUAGUCAAUAUACGAGAUCUCGUGAAACAGGGUCAUACGGUGUGUACCCCAGACAAAGCUUUCAAGGUGGUCAAAGAUCUGAGAUCAACCCUCAAGUCGCUAGAUGCCGCACUCGAAGAACUGCAGGGAACCAUACUAACACCGACAUUGGCAGACAGUCAGGACAUGUCUCUGGAUAUGGUGACUGAGAUGCUUGGGACCAUCACCACGACAGAGGAUAGUAGCGAUGAACGACCACAACGGGAGAAUCUGGAACUCAAUACCACAUUCAAAUUUUCCAAGAAUUCAAUAUGGGCGCUUGUGACACAUGGCGAUGGAUCUGCGUGGAUAGCGGCGCACGAGGAUUCCACAAUCCGGCUUGUGACAAAGACGGGGGUUGUUCUUAGAUCCGUCACUCUCUCGACCAAAGUAUACGACAUCACGGUAAACGCUGACGGGAAUCUCUUGAUUUCUGCCGUCCACGAUAGCCAUGUAUGGCAGCUCUCCUCCAACAGAGACAUCACUAGGUUCGUCAAAUUCAAAGACAUGUAUCCUUGUGGCCUGUUUGCGUCUCCUAAAGGACACGUGUUCGUCGGACUGGUUCGAGGGGGGCUUCCAGACAAACACGCUGAUAGCAGGCAAUUCGUCGUCAAAAUUUCGGCCAAAGGCAGCGUUCUUCAGAGAUUCGAGAAAGAUGAAGCCGGAAACGCUCUUUACUCCCUUCCUUACAGGAUAUGCGAGAACGCAAACGACGAUGUAUGCGUGGUUGAUUGGACCGACUCCGCGGAGGCCAGACUCGUCGUUACUGACCAAACAGGUAAACUCAAUUUCAUUUACACUGGUUUCAAGGAGGAUGCACACUCAUUCCGACCCGGUGGAAUCGCAUGCACGCCUGCUGGUAUGAUUUUGGUCUGUGAUAUAUACAGGGAUAUCAUUCACCUAUUAAAUGGAGGUGGUCAAUGUGUAAUGUUGUUGAACUCUCAAAGACUAGGCGGACUGUAUGGUCCGUGUGACAUCAGCUUGGAUGCGGACGGAUAUCUGUGGGUCGGCGGCUGUAAGGGCAACGUCCAGUGUCUCAGAUACAAUGAGUGAUUUUUAUUACGGACAGUUAAUCACUCAUUCCUCAUCACGGAUAUCACUUUGUCCUCAUGGAUAGUGAUAUAUCCUCACGGAUAGUGAUAUGGCCUCACGGAUAGUGAUAUGUCCUCAUGGAUGGUGAUAUAUCCUCACGGAUAGUGAUAUAUCCUCACGGAUAGUGAUAUGUCCUCAUGGAUGGUGAUAUAUCCUCACGGAUAGUGAUAUGUCCUCAUGGAUGGUGAUAUAUCCUCACGGAUAGUGAUAUGUCCUCAUGGAUGGUGAUAUAUCCUCACAGAUAUUGAUAUGUCCUCGCGGAUAAUGAUAGGUCUUCAUGGAUAAUGAUAUAUCCUCACGGAUAGUGAUUAUGUAUCCUCACGGAUAGUGAUAUGUCCUCAUGGAUGGUGAUAUGUCCUCAUGGAUGGUGAUAUAUCCUCACGGAUAGUGAUUAUGUAUCCUUACGGAUAGUGUUUUCCUCUCCUCAUGGAUAGUACUUCGCCCUCACGGAUAUUGCUUUUUCUUUACGGAUAGUACUACAUGUAUAUCCUCAUGUAUAAUGAUUUGUCCUCACGGAUAGUGAUUGCUCUCCUCGCGAAAAAGAAUUUUUGUCACGGAUAGUGAUUUGGGACACGGCAAUCUUCAUUUUCUAUAGUAUGGUCGGUCCAAAUAACUUUUAUUCUUAUUACAAUAAACAAUGAGUUAUUGAUUCGCUUGAAUGGUUCAGUACAAUACCGCGUAUAGUAUAUUGAUUGUCUUCGAUAAUUGAAAUCACGUGUUUUAUGCUUUUAUUUCGUGUGGUGUAAUAUUAAUCCAUGAUAAGAUAUAAAUAUUAAAGAGGUCUGAUAAAGUCCAUCUUCGCUAGCCAAGGCUUCUGAUUACGUAACACUCCCCUCUCCGUUGAAUGUAACGUAUACACUACUCUUCGUGGAGUGUAACUUGAUAAGAAACCUUGGCUAGCGAUGAUGGGUAUAGUCAAGUCACUUUAUAUGUUAAAAGACAUUAGUAUCAUAAUCCACUAUAUUUCUUCGUCUGCAGGUCAAGUUUAACUCGGUCCUGACCAUCACUAACACACAAAUGGUUGAUAUCAUUUGUAAAUGAACAUGUGGCUAUUGCCACUUAUACAUACAAAGUUCAUUAAUUUAUUUGUUAACAUAACAUUUAUUUAUUCGUAUGUAAUAGAAUUUCAUAAAUAUAUAGUACAGCCAUUCGAAAUUAUGUGUCUUUGUCAUGAGUACAAUAUAUCGUCUUAAACAAAGACAGAUGACAAGGCUAUGUGUCAUGAAGUGUAAAGUGGCCAAUGUACGAAAUGUCAAUCGAAAUGGAAUUCUGUUAAUAAAAAAAAUGGAAGGAAGAACUGCAUCAUUGAGAUGUCGAUGUACUAAAGGUUAUCGGAAACAUGAAGUUGUUGUCAGCUUCGCGCUGUCACAAUCAUACAGACUGUCAAACACACACUCGUCACACGCACGCACCAAUCAAAGUUGUUGAUAGGACGAUAAACAAUGUAAACAAAAUUCCCAACCCGCGUGAACUUACAAUUGAUCAGGUUAAUUAAAAAAACUUUAGUUUUAUAUUGCAAAUUGCUAUGUAAAAUUAUCUACCACAAAAGGAGCAUAACACCAACCAAUGUGGCAAAUCAAUUGACAGAGGGACAAAAAUUGAUGAAAAAAACAUGAUUGUAUUGAAUGUAAGAAGAAAAUAAGAAAAUAUAUGUACAUAAAGUCUAAUGCUAUCGCAUGCUGUGUAAGUGUGUUUUCAAGAAAUUAUAAAUUAUGGUAGGUGUCGUUUAAACCUUCAAUAAAGCGCUCUUUUGAUAUGAUGGAAGGGUCGUGACUGUCAAGCAAAUUGGUCCAAGAAAGCAUCUCUACGACCAUAAGGCUGAGGCAUCAUCCAAGAUCAU